CGCUCCCGCGUCGCGUCCCGUCCCGGAGCGGCGCGGGCGCAGCGUUCCGGCGCCUGAGCUGGGCACCUACCCGAGUUUGAAAAGUUUCGGUGACGGCGGCCGGCCCCGGAAACGAAGCCAAACUCGCCCCCCGGCCGCCUCCGGGGCCCGCCAGGCCUGUGCGCCGCGCCCCCGGAACCAGCCCCUCCCGCCAUUCCCGCCGCCCCAGGCCCCGCGGGAGGAGACGGCUCAUGGCGCGCCGCGGGGAGCGCGGGGACGGCGGCCGCGCCCGCGAGCACGUGUUCCUGCUUCCAGAAUAUUUAAAAGAUGCCUCCAAGAAGAUGAAAAGUGGGCUUGUGUUUGUAAAAUUGGUUAACCCAUGUUCAGGGGAAGGAGCCCUUUACUUAUUCGAUAUGUGUCUACAGCAACUGUUUGAAAUAAAAGUUUUCAAGGAAAAACACCAUUCUUGGUUUAUAAAUCAAUCAGUUCAAUCAGGAGGUCUUCUCCAUUUUGUCACUCCCAUGGACCCUCUAUUUCUGUUCCUUCACUACCUCAUAAAGGCUGAUAAAGAGGGCAAGUUUCAGCCUCUAGAUCAAGUUGUGGUGGAUGAUGUGUUUCCGAAUUGCAUCUUGUUGCUGAAACUUCCUGAACUUGAGAAGUUACUUCGACACGUGACAGAGGAAAAAGAAAUAGGCAAAAAGAAAUAUUACAAGUACAGCAAAGAGAAGACAUUAAAGUGGCUGGAAAAAAAGGUUAAUCAGACUGUGGCAGCAUUAAAAAACAAUAGCAUAAAUGUUGGUGCCCGGGUACAAUCAGCUGCAUUUUUCUCCGGUCACCAGAUUUCCAGUGACAGGGAAGAGGACUAUAUUCGUUAUGCCCAUGGCCUGAUAUCUGAUUACAUCACUAAAGAAUUAAGUGAUGACCUAUCUAAAUAUUUAAAGCUUCCAGAAUAUUCAGCUUCGUUGCCAAAACCUCCAUCAAAGGUGGCAGCACAAAGACAGAAAAGAAACAAGUGACAGCAAGUCCACUCAAGACUCAGCCGCUUCUCAUAUAAUUUAAAGACUCUCUCAAAGGGCUACGGCUCUUACUUCUGCACUGCCUAGAAAAUCACCAGGUGCCAAACAUGUACAUUGAAGACAUAACCACACAUGCUCGAUUUCUUUGAUCAGCUGCAUGGUGAGGUGGGCAGUGGCACUCCCAGAGUGUGAGCCUGUCUGUAAUCUGUGAAAUUUAAGCCACAUCACACCUCUGCCCAAACCUGUCCCAUAAAGGUGUGGAUUGUUACAGUAGAGUGCUUCAGACUUCAAAAUAUCGGGAGAAGAAGGCUCAUUGUGAAAUUCAGGUCAUUUCUUAAGCCUGACCACCUUGGCCUGUUCUGCUUUCUUGGGCUUAGACAGGCAUGUGGUGGAUGUGUGGUGACCAUGUGUGACCAUGCAUACAUGGUGGUUGUAAGGGCUAGAUUCUAUGCUAAAAGCUUUGAUGGACUGAUUUUCUACCCUUAUUUUUUUUUUUAAUGGCUGCUUCUAAUUCAUAACAAUACCUGAACAUGUGCAUUUUAUUAUCUGCUAGAGUUAUAAACAUUGCUUCAUUUCUAAAAGAUUUA